AGAAGGAAUUGUUUGAGAGUUCAGUCAUCCAAAAAACCUCCUUCCAUAUGGAGGGUCCGGGUGCCCUCAUGGCAAUGCCUCUUUCCUUCUCCUCCUCCUCCGUCUCCUCCUCCUCCUCCUCCUCCUCCUCCUCCCGCCGACACUGCCACCGCUUCUUCCUCCUCCUCCUUCCCUGAAUACCAAACCCAUCACCCGACACACUUCCACUUCAACGCAAACUCUCCCUUAAUCACUUCCUAUCCAACCAUCCGGCCUGGAAAUUCUCUACUUCAGAUUGCCUUUGUUGCUGCUGCGAUUUUCUCUCUUCAUUUGGUGUAGCUGUGUGUGUGUGUGUGUGUGUGUGUGUGUGUGUGUGUGUGUGUUCGUGUAUGUAUUGCCAUCCCAGAGCGCUGACCCUGGGUUCCAAGUUUGCACUUAUCUACACCGGCUGCAUUAGAGAACAAACUUCCUGGAAUCUGUGACCUUGACAUUUUCCCAUCAUUCAUACUGACAGUGAAUAGACAUAAAAAGAGGGGAGUAAGAGACAGCAGCAAAGGACUCCAGGAGCUAGCAGCUUCUCCUUAAGUGACCUAGAGUGGCUUAUGGGAACCUUGCCUCUGUUCCUCUGUGACAGACUGCGCUGCAUGGGAUGACAAUGAUGCCAAGAAGGAAGAGACCAGCGCUCACCAUCACCUGUCUCAUCUUGGCUGCAGCCAGCUGCUGUGGUAAUUUGGGUGAAGUCCCUCAGGUUACUGUCCAGCCCACUUCCACUGUCCAAAAGCACGGGGGCCCUGUGAUCCUAGGCUGUGUUGUGGAACCACCAUGGGUCAACAUCACUUGGAGGCUGAAUGGGAAAGAACUAAACAGCUCAGAUGAUGCUCUGGGGAUACUCAUCACCCGUGGAACCCUGGUCAUUGCUGCUCUCAACAACCACACUGUGGGUCGUUACCAGUGUGUGGCCCGAAUGCCUGCGGGAGCAGUAGCCAGUGUGCCUGCCACAGUGACACUAGCCAAUCUCCAGGACUUCAAGUUUGAUGGCCAGCAUAUUAUCGAAGUGGAUGAGGGGAAUACAGCUGUCAUUGCCUGUGACCUUCCAGAAAGUCAUCCAAAAGCCCAGGUUCGCUACAGUGUCAAACAAGAAUGGCUAGAAGCCUCUAGAGACAAUUACCUGAUCAUGCCAUCAGGAAACCUCCAGAUUGUCAAUGCCAGCCAGGAAGAUGAAGGGAUGUACAAGUGUGCUGCAUACAACCCUGUGACUCAGGAGGUGAAAACUUCUGUCUCCAGCGAUCGGCUUCGUGUGCGACGUUCUACCGCUGAAGCUGCUCGGAUAAUUUACCCCCCAGAAGCUCAGACCAUCAUUGUAACCAAGGGCCAGAGCCUUAUCCUGGAGUGUGUGGCUAGUGGAAUCCCACCUCCAAGGGUCACCUGGGCUAAGGAUGGGUCCAGUAUUGUGGGCUACAAUAAAACCCGCUUUCUGCUCACCAACCUCCUAAUUGACGCUACCAGUGAGGAGGACUCUGGAAGCUAUAGGUGCAUGGCGGACAAUGGGGUUGGGGAGCCAGGAGCAGCCGUCAUACUCUACAAUGUCCAAGUGUUUGAACCCCCUGAGGUCACCAUGGAGCUAUCUCAGCAGAUCAUCCCGUGGGGACAGAGUGCCAAGUUUACCUGUGAAGUACGGGGAAACCCUCAGCCCUCAGUGCUCUGGCUGAGAAAUGCUGUGCCCCUUGCUGCCAGCCAGCGUCUGCGGCUCUCCCGUAAGGCCCUACGGGUGGUGAGCGUAGGGCCUGAGGAUGACGGGGUGUACCAGUGCAUGGCAGAGAAUGAAGUUGGAAGUGCCCAGGCUAUGGCACAGCUGAAGACAGCCCGGCCUGGAACAACCCUGAAACCAUGGCGAGAGGCCAAGCUCGGAUCAGCUCAGUCUCCCACACCUCCUGCUAGACCGAGCAGCCCUGAUAGGACUCUGAGGGAUCGAGCUAUGCUUCUGAGGCCUAGGCCAACAGCCCUGCCCGGCUCCCUACAAUGCACAUCUGCAAAGGGGCAGGUGUCUCCAGCUGAGGCUCCCAUCAUCCUCAGCUCUCCCAGGACUUCCAAGACAGACUACUAUGAGCUAGUGUGGAGGCCUCGGCAUGACAGCGGCAACAGAGCCCCAAUCCUCUACUACCUGGUGAAGCACCGCAAGCAGGUUAUAAAUUCCUCUGAUGAGUGGACCAUCUCAGGCAUUCCAGCUAACCAACACCGCUUGACACUGACCAGAUUGGACCCUGGGAGCUUAUAUGAAGUUGAAAUGGCAGCUUACAACUGUGCUGGGGAGGGACAAACAGCCAUGGUCACAUUUCGAACUGGUCGGAGGCCCAAACCUGAGAUUGUUGCCAGCAAGGAGCAGCAGAUCCAGAGAGACGAUCCAGGUGCCAGCACCCAGAGUAACAACCAGCUAGACAACAGCCGCCUCUCCCCCCCAGAAGCCCCAGACCGUCCCACCAUUUCCAUGGCCUCUGAGACAUCUGCGUACGUGACCUGGAUCCCCCGUGGAAAUGGCGGCUUCCCUAUUCAAUCCUUCCGAGUGGAAUACAAGAAGCUAAAGAAAGUUGGGGACUGGAUUCUGGCCACCAGUGCCAUCCCUCCCUCUCGGUUGUCAGUGGAGAUCACAGGACUGGAAAAAGGCACCUCCUACAAGUUCCGUGUCCGUGCACUAAACAUCCUAGGAGAGAGUGAGCCCAGCGCUGCUUCCCGACCCUAUGUGGUGUCAGGAUAUAGUAACCGUGUGUAUGAGAGGCCUGUCACAGGGCCCUAUAUCACCUUCACUGAUGCUGUCAAUGAGACCACCAUCAUGCUGAAGUGGGUGUACAAAUCAGCCAGUAACAACAACACCCCAAUCCAUGGCUUUUACAUCUACUAUCGUCCCACAGACAGCGACAAUGACAGUGACUACAAGAAGGAUGUAGUAGAAGGGGACCGCUACUGGCACUCCAUCAGCCAUCUGCAGCCAGAGACCUCAUAUGACAUUAAGAUGCAAUGCUUCAACGAGGGUGGCGAGAGUGAGUUCAGCAACGUGAUGAUCUGUGAAACCAAAGCACGUAAGCCUUCUGGUCAACCAGGCCGGCUUCUGCCCCCUACUCUGGCCCCACCACCAAUACUGCCGCUAGAUCCAGGGGAUCGUCCCGGUGGCUCUGGGGCUAUGGUGGCCCGCUCCAGUGACCUGCCCUACCUGAUUGUGGGUGUGGUCUUGGGCUCAAUCGUCCUUAUCAUCGUGGCCUUCAUACCUUUCUGUUUAUGGCGAGCGUGGUCCAAGCAAAAGCAAACUGCUGACCUGGGUUUCCCUAGCACAGCACUGCUAUCUUCCUCCUGCCAAUACACGAUGGUGCCUCUGCGAGGGAUCUCUGCCCCCCGAACUAAUGGACAGCCCUACAUCAAUGGACAGCCCUAUGCCAAUGGUUUACGUGUUAAUAGGGCUUGUCCCUCAGCUGCCCUGGGCUAUCCAGGUGUGAAAACCCAAGAGUACAGCCCAGGAGAGCUUCAGCAGCAGGAUCAUAACAGCAGCUUGCUGCAGGGAAAAAUCCUUGGGAAUGGACACACUCAGAAAAGUCACCAAGCAAUCAGGGAACCUGACUCUAGCCCUGAAGAGAACACCUUCCUGUACACGCUUCCAGAUGACUCUACUCACCAGCUGCUUCAGUCCCAUGAUGAUUGCUGUCAUCUUCAGGAAGAGCCUGCUGCCGUCCGCCAGUCGGGGAUAAGGAAUGCAUCUGAAAGCCCUCGGCGGGACGGAUUGUGGGACUCUCCAUUUCAUCCAGGGCCACCCUGCUGCCUGGGCCUUGUACCAGUGGAAGACGUGGAUAGCCCUCACUCCUUGCAAGUGAGAGGAGAAUGGUGUCCUCACCAUCCCCCAGGCACCUAUUUAGGACAGGACCCUGGAAAGAGACUGUCUCCUAGCCCACCAAUACAUGUGUCUUUUGAGACUCCACCUCCCACAAUUUAGGCUGAAGCCACUUCCCUGAAAAGACUAUAUUGUUUUAAAAAGAGACAGAGAAAAAUGGGUAUUUAUUUUUCUAUUACAGCCAUAUUUAUAUAUUUAUGCACUUGUAAAUAAAUGUAUAUGUUCCUUAACAUACUGGAGAGACGUAUAGAAUCCCAUCCAGUGAGAUGUACCACGUUGAAAAUAUAAAGCCGCAGUUUGAGAAAAAAACAAGCAGGAGAGACUGUCAUCUGACACAUACGGACUGGGUACAGAAGUAACCUUUUAUUUCCAACUUCCACAACUACCAGGAACAGUGCUGAGUGCCCAUUAGGAGAGAAGGAAAGGAACACACAUCUUAGGCACAUUCUUCAUGAGAGCUUAACAUGGUUGAUCACAGCGCAUACUGGGGGAAUAAGAAAACCCAACUCAAUAGAUCGGCUGAAUUUGGUACAACAGGAAGUGAUUUUUUUCAUGGUAUGACCAGAAGAACAGACUAAAAUGUGUACAGUACUUUAUAAGCAUUAACAAACCUUCCCGAUUCAAUAAUCUGUGGCAACAUAGCUCUGUAAAAACAAACACUGUAACUUCUAAAUAAAUGUUUAGUCUUCUCUCUAA